CCCCUCGGCGGCGGCGGCGGCAGAGGCGGCAGCGCUCGCCAUUGCCGCUGGUGGCAGGAGGCUGCGAGGAGCCGGCGCGGUCGCAGUCUCCACGGCGCAGGCCCACGGUAGCGCAGCCGCUCUGAGAUCUUCAUGGAGGAGCACGGAGUGACCCAGACUGAACACAUGGCGACUAUAGAAGCGCACGCAGUGGCCCAGCAAGUGCAGCAGGUGCACGUGGCUACUUACACUGAGCACAGCAUGCUGAGUGCUGACGAAGACUCGCCCUCUUCCCCCGAGGACACCUCCUAUGAUGACUCGGAUAUUCUCAACUCCACAGCAGCCGAUGAGGUCACGGCCCACCUGGCCGCGGCAGGCAGAGUGACAGAGAGAGAGGGAGAGACACACACAGAGACCUUCCAUCCGUUGGGUCACUCCCUAAAAGACCGCAGCAGCUGGGGAUGGUCCAGGCUGAAGCAAGGAGCCACGAACUCCAUCCAGCUGUCCUACGCAGGUGGUAGGAACUCAAGUUCUUGGGCCAGUACCGACUGCCUCCCAGGCUCAUUAGCAGGAAGCUGGACCAGAAAUGGAGGGCCUGUGGGGAUGGCUGCGGCUGCUGCCGUGGCAACUGGAAAGAAGCGGAAACGACCUCACGUGUUCGAGUCCAACCCUUCCAUUCGGAAGAGACAGCAGACACGCUUGCUUCGGAAGCUUCGAGCCACAUUAGACGAAUACACCACUCGAGUGGGCCAGCAGGCCAUCGUGCUGUGCAUCUCGCCCUCCAAGCCCAACCCCGUGUUCAAAGUGUUUGGUGCAGCACCUUUGGAGAAUGUGGUGCGUAAGUACAAGAGCAUGAUCCUGGAAGACCUGGAGUCGGCUCUGGCAGAACACGCCCCUGCGCCACAGGAGGUUAAUUCAGAACUGCCACCUCUCACUAUUGACGGAAUUCCAGUCUCUGUGGACAAAAUGACCCAGGCACAGCUGCGGGCAUUUAUUCCAGAGAUGCUCAAGUACUCUACGGGUCGGGGGAAACCAGGCUGGGGCAAAGAGAGCUGCAAGCCCAUCUGGUGGCCCGAAGACAUCCCCUGGGCAAAUGUCCGCAGUGACGUCCGCACCGAAGAGCAGAAGCAACGGGUCUCGUGGACCCAGGCCCUGCGGACCAUAGUUAAAAACUGCUACAAGCAGCACGGGCGGGAGGACCUCCUGUAUGCUUUUGAAGAUCAGCAGACACAGAGCCAGGCCACGGCUACCCACAGCAUAGCCCACCUCGUUCCAUCCCAGACUGUCGUGCAGACCUUCAGCAACCCCGACGGGACGGUCUCCCUCAUUCAGGUUGGUACAGGAGCAACGGUAGCCACGUUAGCUGAUGCUUCAGAACUGCCAACCACAGUCACCGUGGCUCAGGUCAAUUACUCCGCUGUGGCCGACGGAGAGGUGGAGCAAAACUGGGCCACGCUGCAGGGCGGUGAGAUGACCAUCCAGACCACACAAGCGUCAGAAGCUACCCAGGCUGUGGCAUCGCUGGCGGAGGCAGCAGUAGCAGCGUCGCAGGAGAUGCAGCAGGGAGCCACGGUCACCAUGGCACUCAACAGCGAGGCUGCCGCCCAUGCAGUCGCCACCCUGGCUGAAGCCACCUUACAAGGCGGGGGACAGAUCGUCCUGUCCGGGGAAACCGCCGCAGCUGUUGGAGCACUUACUGGAGUCCAAGAUGCUAAUGGCCUGGUCCAGAUCCCAGUGAGCAUGUACCAGACUGUGGUGACCAGCCUCGCCCAGGGCAAUGGGCCCGUGCAGGUGGCCAUGGCCCCCGUGACCACCAGGAUAUCGGACAGCGCAGUCACCAUGGAUGGCCAGGCUGUGGAAGUGGUGACAUUGGAACAGUGACACACAGCCAUAUCAUGGCAUUGUUUUCUAGUCUACUUCAAAAAAAAAUUUUUACAUGUUUGCAGCGGUGCAAUCAAAUGGAAUUAAGUCUCUCGACUUUGGAAGAAGAGUUUUGUUAACCUUUUUUUUAAAAAAGGAAGAAGGCAGCGGAUUUUGGAAUUGCGUUUUUUUAAAGUACCACUCUUGAUUUUCUGGGAUCAGUGGAGUAAGAAACUGCAUUGUCGCUUUCACUGUUCCCCCGAAAAGCCAAAUUGUGGCAGGACUUCUUUCUGCGGAAAUGUGUGUAUACUUACGUGUGUGUAUGUAUGAGUGUGAAUAUAUGUAUAUGUGUACAUAUGGACAUACACAUUUACAUAUAUGUAUAGAGUAUAUAUGUACAUACAUGUAUAUGUAUAUGUAUGAAGCCCGCAUGGAAUGACCUGUAUGAAAUCAAGGUGAGCUGUGGAAAUGAUCAUUCGCCCAGUUUAGUGGGUGACAGGGUACGCGGCCAGACACAGUCACCUGGUUUUUGCUCAUGCCGGGGUCGAACACUGAGCUACUGAGAAACUCAGGCGGAGGGACCAUGCCCUUCACCAAAGCUGCCUCCCAGUGGCCGUCCAGAGC